AUGUCUGAAGCUCAGAAGCCCGUUGAGGAGACUCCCGCGGCCUCACCCGCUAUUGCUCCUGCUACUGAAGCGCCUGCUGCCACCGAGGCCCCGGCCACCGAGACUGCCGCUUCAGAGGUCCCCCAGGAAACUCCCGCUGAGGCCACCGAGGCUGCUCCCGCCGCCGCUGAGGAGUCCAAGGCUGAUGCCCCCGCCGAGGAGCCCAAGGAGGAGGCCAAGCAAGAGGAGGUGACCCCCGCAUCUGAGGGCGUCCUGGGUUACAAGGCUCCCGGUCUCGUCAAGGGUCUGCGUUUCGCUAAGCGCUUCUUCUACUUCAGCGAUGACGCCGUCGAGGCUAAGCAGCUUUCUGCCUUCCACCAGAACGAGAAGGCCGCCAUCGCCAACCCCAUUGCCGCCUGGGCUAGCCAGACCGGCAAGGGCCUUCUGUUCUUCACCAAGCGCGCAGAGGACAAGGCCGCUCCCGCCGGUAUCUUCAACUUGGCUGAGGUUUCCGACAUCGCCAAGGAGGGCUCCAGUGAGCUGCACUUCAAGGUCAACGGCCAGAAGCACACCUUCCAGGCCGCCGGCGCUUCCGAGCGUGACAGCUGGAUUGCUGCCCUCGAGGCCAAGUCUGCUGAGGCUAAGGCUGAGAAGGAGGCCGUCACCUCUAGCGAAGGUUACAAGGCUGAGCUUGAGAAGCUGAGCAAGCCUGCUGUCGCUGAGCCCGCUAAGAAGGCUGAGCCCAAGGAGGAGGCCGCCCCCGUUGAGGACAAGAAGGAGAAGGAGGCUACCUCCAAGAGCCGCUCCCAGUCUCGUAAGAGGGCCAGCAUCUUCGGAACCCUGCUUGGCAAGAAGGAGGAGGCUAAGGAGGAGACUGCGCCUGCUGAGGAAGAUAAGGCUGAGGAGGCCAAGCCCGCUGAGGCUGCCACUGAGGCCCCCGCCGCCGAGGCUUCUGCCGCUGCCGAGAGCGCUGAGCCCGCUGCUACUACUCCUGCUGAGGCUAGCGACAAGAAGGAGGAAAAGGAGGAGAAGAAGGAGGACAAGGAAGAGAAGAAGGCUGAGCACAAGUCCAAGCGCGCCUCUCUCUUCGGCAACUUCUUCCAGAAGGUCACCAGCCCCUCUCACGAGAAGUCGGAGAAGGAGGCUACUGCUCCCGCAGAGACCCCUGUUGCUAGCACUGCCCCUCAGUUGGAUAACCCCGUCGAGGAGGCUGCUGUGAAGCCCAUCGAGCCCGAGAGCGUGACCGCUCCCGCUGAGGCUGAGGCUGCCAAGGACGCCACUCCCGCUCAGUCCCCUGUUGCGGAGACCCCCAAGGACAAGCGCCGUACCUCUUUCUUCGGUAACUUCGGCAAGAAGAAGGGUGACUCUGACAACGAGGGUGCCGAUGGCGAGCCCAAGCCCAAGGGCAACAAGCUCGGUGGCAUCUUCCGCAAGCCCAGCAAGGCCGUGAAGUCGGAAGUCAAGGACAGUGAGGCCGAGGCCAAGGCUGAGGCUCCCAAGGAGGCCACCGUCCCUGAGUCCCCUGCUGAGGAGAGUGCUCAGCCCGCUGAGACUGCUGCGGAGGAGAACAAGCCUGUCAACGUUGCCUCGACUUCCACUCCUGUCCAGGCUGCUGCAUGA